GCCGGGCCGGGCCGCGCAGCCGCUCUGUGCCUCGGCGUCCCAAGAUGGCGGCCAGGUGCUCCUCACGCUGGCUGAGCGCGGCGGCCGGGAGGAGCCGGGGCUUCGGCGGAGACACGCGGCUGCUGGUGGUGUGGUUGGGCCGGCGGCUAAGCACGGCCCCCGCCGCCUUCCCGUCCCGCGCCGGGCCAGGGAGCCGCUGGCUGACAUUGAGCGCCGGGGUCAGCCCCGCGGGAACUAAAUGCUCUCCUUUAAUAUGUGCUGCCUCAUUCAUACCAGUUCUGCUUUUCUACGCCAAAGAAGAUUACUACCAGAUUUUGGGAGUGCCUCGAAAUGCCACUCAGAAGGAGAUCAAGAAAGCUUAUUACCAGCUUGCCAAGAAAUACCAUCCCGACAAUAAGGAUGACCCCAAAGCUAAGGAGAAGUUCUCUCAGCUGGCAGAAGCCUAUGAGGUGUUAAGUGAUGAAGUGAAGCGAAAACAAUAUGAUACUUAUGGUACAGCUGGCUUUGACGCUGGCUCAGCGGGUGCUGGACGUCAGUAUUGGGGUGGUGGUCCCACCAUUGACCCAGAGGAACUUUUCAGGAAAAUCUUUGGGGAGUUUUCAGGAUCCCCUUUUGGAGAUUUUCAGGGUGUCUUUGACCAGCCACAGGAGUACAUCAUGGAGUUGACAUUCAAUCAAGCUGCAAAAGGUGUUAACAAGGAGAUUGUGGUGAAUAUCAAUGACUCUUGUCAGCGGUGUGAUGGCAAGGGGCAUGAGCCUGGUACUAAAGUGCAACACUGUCACUACUGCAAUGGCACUGGCAUGGAGACAAUAAAUACAGGCCCUUUUGUGAUGCGUUCUACAUGCCGGCGUUGUGGAGGUCGUGGUUCUGUUAUGACAACACCGUGUGUGUUGUGUCGUGGCUCAGGGCAAACCAAACAGAAGAAGAAUGUGAUGGUCCCUGUACCAGCAGGUGUGGAGGAUGGACAGACUGUUCGGAUGCCCGUAGGGAAAAGAGAAAUUUUCAUUACAUUCAGGGUUCAGAAAAGCCCCGUGUUCAGAAGAGAUGGAGCAGAUGUACACUCAGACCUCUUUAUCUCGAUAGCACAGGCAGUUCUUGGAGGUACAGCCAGAGCUCAGGGUCUAUAUGAGACCAUCAAUAUCACGAUACCGCCUGGUAUUCAAGCAGACCAGAGGAUUCGAAUGAGCGGGAAAGGCAUUUCCAGGGUUAACAGUUAUGGUUAUGGAGACCACUUCAUUCAUAUAAAGAUCAGGAUUCCUAAGAGGCUGACGGAUCGCCAGCGAGCCUUAAUGAUGAGCUGCGAGGAUGAGACGGAUGUGGAAGGGACAGUGAAUGGAGUCACAAAUACAUCUGCUGGUGGCAGGGCCAUGGAUAGCUCUGAAGCAGGCGAGGAUAGGCCUGAGGCUGAGGCGGGGGAGAACAAGGAGGGAUUCCUUACCAAACUUAAGAAAAUGUUUAGAUCCUGAUAUCUCACCUGAGGGAAACGUUCUACUGGAAACUAGGCAGUGGGAAGCCGCAGUAGAUCAUUCCUCCAUCCUGGGGGGGAGUCAUUCUGUCUUCUGGCUGUGAGCCUUGGAAAUGAAAGGAUGUCACUUAGCAGCAAACUUACUGCCAGCCAGCAACGCCAUGAACCACAGAGGCACCAACAAUCACCAGAUCAUGAGGAAUUAAUCGCCUUAGGAAAUGGUAACACAGGCAUCUAUAAAGGUUCUAGGUUUCCUAGUGCUGCGAGCUCAUUUGGAUCCUUCUGGCCCUAUUUACAGAAUUAAAACUUGCAUUAUAAUUUAGAGCUAAAUGUGGUGGAAAUUUUAAUGGUAAAAAUAAUUAAAAUUUUGUUUCCAGUGGAAAAUGAAACAGUUUGCUGUACUGAGCUUUCAGCUAGCUGGUGUCCCACUCAGCAUGCAAAUGUCUUGACAAGCCCAUCCACUCAGUCACCUUUCUUCAGUGCUAGAUCUGCUUGGUGCAUCCUUUUCUAGAAGGCUUGGUUUGUCAAAGGCCAUAAUCCUGUCUUUGAUGGUAAAAUCUGAUGAGAAGAGGACUUGGCUCUAGACUCAUGUAAUACAUUUUCUUAAAGAGGGAUAUCUCACUUCUGCUGAGAUUGAGUAACAGUGAAGGAGCAUAAUUGCAUAUGGCCCCCCAACAAGGUGUGAGGAUGGGCAUGGCUUUCCUUGUCGGGUUAGCCUCUCUUACAGACAACAUUGAUUAGAAUCUGUAUUUUGCAUCAACUCUUCCCUUCCUCUCUGCGGUUAACUACAGGUAGCAAAAGAAGGCGCAACAUUGCUGUUUCUAAAUCAGUACAGCUGUCUCACCAGCUCUUAUGAAAAGUGCUGGGGCUGUCAAUUGUUACAUUACAACUUUGUCCUGUUAGUCUUCAGAGAAAAGGGCUUAUAUAUGUUGAUGGUGAUACAAGCAAAUGUAAAUGAUCAGCCUCUAAGAAUCAUUGUUUUAUUUUAUAUAGGUGUAAAAAUACAAAUGAAUUAGUUUACACUCUACUGCUGGAAUUAAGCACUAGUGAAGAGUAUUUUUAUGGUUAUUGCAGCCUGCCUUUUAGUUGAAUACUUUACAACUACCAACAAGCCUAAGUGCUAGGAAUUGACCAGUUAAACAGGAUUUGUCUAGGUACAUCCCUUCUUAAGUUGCUAAAAUAAAGCACCUGUUGCCUCCUGAUUAUACUGUCUGUAAAGUGAUCUGUAUUGAUGUAUAUAAGAAGAUCUACUCAUAAAGAUAUUUAAAACCUGU